CUACAAUUUUCACGUCCUGUAAAUAUGCUUUCACAUAAACACUCAGCAUAUAAUACGCUUGAAGCUGACGGUCACUUGUAUCAAUGCUAUCGUACUACAACAGACUUUAUUAAAAGAUUCGUUGAUCAGGCAACGUUAAAUGCGUUCAAGAUAAUCAAUAACUUGGGUGAACUUACUUUUGACAAUGUGACUGGUAUAACUACACGGAAAUUAGGCUAUUUCGGUAAUAAAUGGCCUACGUGUGGCAGUUUGACCGCACGAAAUGGAUUAGAAACUGUGACAAAUGAAAUGAAAUCGUGGAAUGCAUUAUCAGCUUUGAAGGAUUGGAUGUUCCAUGUAAACUUCAUGGGCCUUCAAUAUAAAUAUAAUAUUGAAAUUUAUACAUACCAAGUUCUUUGGAGUGUACCCACUCCAGCGUAUCCCGAACCUCAAGUCACAGUCAGUGUAUUCUUCCACAUCGCUUCGAAUCACACUUAUCCUCCUCAUUUUCCCCUCGAUGUUUCCUACAUUUUCGAAGGACAUCAGUUUACACAUACUUUGAAUAUGAUUUUCAGACCUAAAUGGCUUUAUGAUAUUUUAGAUAUGAAAACAAUGAUGUUUAAAACAUUCAAUUUUUAAUAUUAUACAUAAAUAUAAAUUACUUCUUACUAUGCGAUAUCUAUCGUUAUUCUUAAAGUUCAAUCGAUUUCAGUUGAAAUACACUCUGCAAUUGCAGUUUAAUUUACAUUUGAACACGUAAAACUUUUAGCAAGGGUAAACAAUAACGAGUUUAAGAGGCAUAUGCAAAGUAUCGUAAAAGUAAGGGUGUCGUAUUCCUCGAAAAUGGGCACA